AUGUUCGAGAAGCUCGACAAGAACCAAAACGGGCUCGUGACCCUCGACGAGCUCCAUUGGAUUCUCGAGAGGCUCGGUUGGACCGAACACACUCCCGAAGAGCUCGAGUUGAUCGUUGGAAAACAGAGCCUUGACUUGGACGAAUUCCUUCGGUUCUACUACGACGCCGUUUCAGUUAGGAAAGGGACGGAGAAUCAUAACGUUGUUGAUGAUGAUGAAGCAAUCGCGAAGGCGUUUCAUGUGUUCGAUGUGAACGGCGAUGGUUAUAUUUCGUCGGAGGAGCUUCGGACGGUUUUGGAACGGCUCGGGUUCGAGGAGGAGGCAAAGCCUUGUGAUUGUGGGAGAAUGAUCCGAGUUCAUGACAAGAAUCUUGAUGGUGUUAUUGAUUUUGAAGAGUUCAAGAACAUGAUGUUACAUGUGUGA